AAUAAGAGUGCAAGGAUGAGAGAAGAUAGAGAGCUCGUGGGAGAGUGAAGAGAAGCAAGGGAAGGGAGGGUUUAACCUCAAUAUAGAGAGUUCACUACAAUCUAAAUUUUCAGGUAGGUGAUGAGUCAUAGCUGAUGCGUUCGGAUAGCUGUUGCUUUGUCGGGGAAACUUUUAUUUAAAUGGACUGUGUUAUUUUGAUUCGCUCUCGCCGUCGAAAUCCUCUAUGUUUUAUUGAAACGCCGUCGCCGACUCCGUCCACGCGUUCGUGCAUUUUAACUUUGUUCAAUCUAAGUUAUUUUUUCACUUGAGGAGUCCUUAUUCUGCUCUCUGCACUCUAUGGUCCCAUCAGAUUUUCCAAAGUGUAUAUAGAUAGAGAAGUUCUCCAUUAGCAACCGUUACUCUCAAAACAGCAGCGGCAACAGGCAGAAUGAAAAGGCAGAGAAACUCUUGUUCAGAAUCUAAUUUAGAUCUAGCGGAUGAUUGCUGGGAACUUGUGUUCAGAUUCCUGAAUGAAGACGAGGACUGCCACCGCCACUUGAAGUCUCUCUCUGUCGUCUCCAAACAGUUACUGUCCAUCACCAACCGUCUCCGAUUCUCUCUCAAAAUCUGUUAUCAAACCCUCCCUUUCCUGCCUCGCCUCUUCCAAAGGUUCACCGAACUCACCUCCCUCGACCUCACUUGCUUCCACGGUGACCUCAAUGCACUUCUCUAUCAAAUCUCUUGUUUUCGAUUCAACCACCUGACAUCACUCAAUCUCUCCAACCAACCCACCAUUCCUGCAGAUGGGUUGCGAGCCUUCUCCCAAAGUAGUAGUAGUAGUAUUACUACUCUCAUUUGUUCACGUAUUAAAAUUCUGUAUGGUAGUGACCUCCACGUCAUUGUAGAUUGUUUUCCUUUGCUCGAAGAACUCGACCUUAGUCACCCUUCAACCAUACAAAUGCAUGAUUACAACAACCUUUUAAAUGGGAUAGAGACUCUUUCAGUGUCACUUGUCAAACUCCGCAAGAUUAAUCUCUCUUCUCAUCCUUACAUCAAUGACCAAUUGCUUUACCACUUGUUUAAGAACUGCAAGCAUCUCAAAGAGGCCAUCAUGCUUAGCUCUUAUCAAUUAACCGUUGGAGGCAUCACUUCUGCUCUCAGUCAGAGACCAACAUUGACCUCUUUAUCUCUUUCCCCUUUUAGUUCAUAUAUUGACAAACUAUCUGUUACUUCACAUUUCAUUGACUCCUUGGUGGGUUUCAAGGGUUUGACUUGUCUUCAUUUGUGGCGGUGGCAUGUCCCGGAUAACUUGCUCUCCUCUAUUGCUAUGGAAAGUCCUCCUUUGAGGAGGCUUGUCCUACAAAGUUGCACCGGCUAUACUUAUUCUGGACUCUUUAAUUUGUUAUCCAAGUGUCGACGUCUCCUACAUUUGGGUAUUCGAAAUGCUAAUUUUCUAUGUGAUCACCAUGUUGCCGAGUUGUCCUCUUUUUUUCUUGCUCAUUUGGUGUCUAUAGACCUUAGUUCUUGUGUCAUGCUCACAGAAUCAUCCUUGUUUGCACUCAAUAGGAACUGUCCUUCACUUGCCAAGAUCAUAAUGGAAUUCUCACAUGUUUUGUACUCUAAUUCUUCCAUGGAUUCUGUUGUAAACCCUCAAUUGAAGUAUCUCAGCUUGGCUAACAAUUUUUGUUUAGAAAAUCACAAUAUCAUAAUGUUGGUCUCCAUUUUCUCCAAUUUGCACCUGCUUGAUUUAAGCGCUUGCAUAUCCAUAUCCGAGGAAGGUAUUGGUCAGAUUUUAAGCAGAUGUUGUAAUAUUAGAGAAUUGAACUUAGCCGACUGUCCAAAUGUGAAGUCACUUGGAAUCAACUUUGAAGUUCCCAAAUUGGAGGUGUUGAAUUUGACAAUGACUAUUGUUGACGAUGAAGCACUCUGUGUCAUCUCAAAGAGGUGCCCUGGGCUUUUGCAGCUGUUACUGACAAAUUGUAAGAAUAUCACAGACAACGGAGUGAUGCAAGUGGUAAAAAACUGCACGCAACUCAGAGAGAUCAAUUUGCAACUUUGUCAUCAAGUGCAUGCUAAAGUUAUUGACUCAAUGGUAUUUUUAAGGCCAUCCUUGAGAAAGAUAACAGCUCCACCUGAUUUUCCUUUGAGUGACAAAUAUAGGAAGCACUUCUUGCGUCAUGGAUGUCUUCUUGAACAUUGAACCUACUUAUUUUGGAGGUAUUUCAUAAUCUGUUUCAUGAUCUGAAUGACUUAUUUGACACAAGGGCAGCACAGAUUCUAUCAGUGGCGCAACUAGUUCAAUAUCUACUAUUUCUAUUACAAGACAUGGAGUAACAAAUAUUGAAGAUGGAAAUGCAACUCUGGUGUAUUACAACUUUGGUAAUAUCUGCGGAAUUUCCUAAAACAGAAAACUCCGUAGAAAAUUGCUCUGAGUCGAAAUUCGAUUUCUGACUCAUGCAUAUGAAGAAAAUUCUGUUAGGAGGGAAGUGUUAGAUAAUAUGUUAGUGAUUUAAUAAUAUAAUAAGUUUUUGGUUGUAAUUGGGCUUUGGGCAUAAUAAUAAUUUAGUCUAUUUAUGUUUUCUAUAUAUUCAUAAGACAAUUCAUUGUAUUCUAAGCUAUUGUAAUGUAAUUCUAUGAAACCCUAGUAGCCUCCAUUGUUCAUUCCUUUGAUUUGUAUCUCUGAUUCUAACCGGAAGAACCCAC